AUGGCGUUUUGCACGAAUAGUUUGUGUAUGCACAUUUGCCUCUCUUUCCUCUACUCUGCUUUGUUGUCUAUAGUUUUAAAUGUGUCUGUCCAUGGAUGUCUCCCCAAUGAAUUCAGAGUGCUUCUCAGCCUUAAGGCUGCCUUUAACCCUCCUGCAAUUGUAUACCUUUGGGAGGGAGAUGACUGUUGUGAAUGGAUAGGUGUCGUCUGCUAUGAAAAGGAAUUGGGUGGACAUGUUAGAAAGUUGGACGUUAGUUCCUGGGGAAACCAACUAGAAGGUCCCAUCCCGUCUAGCUUGGGUUUACUCAUCAAUCUUACUGAAUUAGAUCUUAGCGACAACAGUCUCAGUGGUCCAAUCCCUCCUUCUCUAGGCAGUCUCCUGUCCCUAAAAAGAUUAAAUCUUUCCAAAAACCAGAUGAGUGGAGACAUUCCCUUGUCAUUUGCUCAAUUGUCUUCACUUGUCAGUCUCGAUCUGAGUAACAACCAAUUGAAUGGAACUAUUCCUUCUCUAGGCAAUCUCCUGUCCCUAAAAAGCUUAAAGCUUUCCGACAACCAGAUGAGUGGAGGCAUUCCCUUGUCAUUUGCUCAAUUGUCUUCACUUGUCAGUCUCGAUCUGAGUAACAACCAAUUGAAUGGAACUAUUCCUUCUCUAGGCAAUCUCCUGUCCCUAAAAAGCUUAAAGCUUUCCGACAACCAGAUGAGUGGAGGCAUUCCCUUGUCAUUUGCUCAAUUGUCUUCACUUGUCAGUCUCGAUCUGAGUAACAACCAAUUGAAUGGAACUAUUCCUUCUCUAGGCAAUCUCCUGUCCCUAAAAAGCUUAAAGCUUUCCGACAACCAGAUGAGUGGAGGCAUUCCCUUGUCAUUUGCUCAAUUGUCUUCACUUGUCAGUCUCGAUCUGAGUAACAACCAAUUGAAUGGAACUAUUCCUUCCUUGCUCACGCUACCAUCUUCUAUGCAAACAUUUUUGCUCUCCAACAACAGCAUGACAGGAACAGUUUCAGAUCAAGUGCUCUUGCGCCAUAGUUCAAGCUUGGAAGAAUUGGACUUGUCUUAUAGUGGGUUGAAUAUCAACAUUGAAUCGACGCCUUGGAUUCUGCCUUUCCAGCUGAAGACCUUGAAAUUGGGAGGCUGCAAGAUUGGAGGUCCAAUUCCCAGUUGGAUUUCAACUCAAUUUGAACUUGAGGAUAUGGAUAUAUCAGACGCUAAUCUUGUGGAAGAUAUUCCAUCUUGGCUAUGGGAAUUUUCACCGGAAUUGCGGAGUUUGAACCUAUCAAACAAUCAUUUGGAGGGUCCUCUCACUGUUUCUUCAAUCCCACUUCAACUGCAGUCGUUGGAUCUGUCUGUAAAUGAACUGAAUGGCCCAUUAUUGCUAGAUAUUCCUAUACCUGAACAAAACUUUAGUUUGGAGAAGCUUUUACUUGCAGACAACAAGAUCGAAGGACCUAUAACAGCUUCAUUAGGGACCAUGACAUCUUUGUAUAUUCUAGAUUUGUCAAAUAAUCAGCUAAGAGGCAAUAUCCCUGAUAGUUUGGGUAAUUUGACAUUGCUAACAGUGCUGCGUUUGGAGAGUAACCAUUUAAACGGAGAGAUCCCUGCCUGCCUGACCAAUCUCUCAAACCUUGUAAUGCUCAAUCUGGCAAGUAAUGAAUUGGAGGGUCAGAUUCCUAAGGAGCUUGGAAAUUUAGCAGGACUUGCAUCUCUCCAUCUUGAAAAGAACAAUCUGCAAGGACUUCUUCCUCUGUCUUUAGCAGAACUUCCAGAGCUGCAGGUGAUUGACGUCGGAGAAAACAAUUUGACAGGAAACAUUCCAUCUUGGAUUGGCUACUGUUCAAGUCUACUAGUUCUUAUUAUGAGAUCAAACAAUUUCAAAGGCAAACUACCUCCACAGAUCGGCUAUCUAACGGAGCUUCUUAUCCUCGACCUUUCUUCUAAUCUUUUGUAUGGGGAAAUCCCAAAUACCUACUUAAAUUUGCCAGCCAUGGUCGUUGUAAAUGAACAUAUGUCCGUGGUUGGAGAAGACCGUCGUGCUCCCUUAGCUCGCCGCGUUCGUCCUUGUGAUGCUCGUAGAGGUCAUACAAUUCAUCUUCGUGGUGACAUUCCUAGACUUGGUGGUAACAUUCCUGAUCCUCGUGGUGACAUUCCUAGACUUGGUGGUAACUUUCCUGAUCCUCGUGGUGACAUUCCUGAUUCUGAUCAUAAUUAUGAUGGCACUUGCGUAGAUUAUGUAUAUGUAAAUGAAGACACAAGAUACUAUAUAGAGGGCUUAGAUAUAAUUACCAAGGGGUCAGAAAGGCAUUACGCUUAUGUCUUAUCAGGUAUGGCAUGCAUUGAUUUGUCAAACAACAGAUUAUGGGGCCAUCUUCCAGCGAAAAUUGGAAAUCUCAAAGGCUUGAUGUUUCUAAAUCUUUCUCGGAACAGUUUCAAUGGGGACAUUCCAGGUAGCAUGGGCAACCUGAGUCAGUUGGAAUCGCUGGACCUUUCUCUCAACAAUUUUUCAGGAAAAAUUCCAUUCCAGCUUGGUUCUCUGGAUUAUUUGGGAUAUUUAAAUAUGUCUUACAACAAUCUGUCAGGGGUGAUACCACAGCAAGGUUCUCAUAUGAUAACAUUUGAUAAAUCAGCAUUUUGGGGAAAUCCAAAUCUGCGGGGAUGCCCUGUGGAAAGUUGGAAGUGUUCUCCACCUCAUUCACCACUGUCUCCUCCUACAAUUGAUGUCAAGGAAGAGGCAAAGGAAGGAAUUUCAUGGUAUGAGCUGAGCAUGGGAUGGUCAGUUGCAGCAGGAUUUUUUGCCGUGGUGUUGGUGCUCACUUUCAAAGUGAAUUGGAGAAAGACGACCUUUGAUCAGAUGGACAGAGUUAUAACAUUUCUGUUGGGGGAGCGCACUAACUGA